AUGUCGCGAACAAAAUAUGUUCAAACGCUAGUGCUGCUCAUAUCAACGAUCGGAUCCAUUCGAGCUCAAGGGAAUCCUCGAAUAGUGAACGGAGAAAACGCAGAAUACGGCCAGUUCCCGUACCAGGCUCUGCUUCUGAUUCAAUUCCAAGAAUGGCGUGCACUUUGUGGAGGAAGUCUCAUUUCAACCGCAUGGGUUCUUACAGCAGGACACUGUGCGGAGGAUGCUCUUUCGGUAACAGUGCGACUGGGAAUGAUCAACCGAAACGGCACCGAUGAGGAUGGAUCGGACGAUGGCAGUCUGGUGCUCGUAUCGGAGGAUUUGUUUACCCAUCCAAAUUAUAACUCGGAAACCCUCGAGAACGAUAUAGCGCUGAUUCAUCUACCGGAAAAUGUGAAAUUUACUUAUCGGAUUUCUCCAGCGGAACUGCCCAUCGGUCACGACUCUUACCAGGGACGGACUGCAAUUGCCAGUGGUUUUGGGCUCACCAAGAACAACGGUAAACCAGCCGAUAGACUGCAGUACGCUGUCAUGGAUGUGAUUAGCAAUACGGUGUGCACUGCAACCUAUCCGGGAAUAAUUCGGUCGACAAACAUUUGUACCAUGGGACAGAAACGGAGUUCAACGUGUAACGGGGAUUCCGGAGGACCGUUGACUCUGGAAGGCGAAAAGACAUUGAUCGGGGUGACCAGCUUUGUCAACAGAUUUACUGAGUGUGAAAUGAACUAUCCGGCAGGUUUUGUGCGCGUUACCGAAUAUGUAGACUACAUUCGAGAGGCUACUGGAAUGGGUGCUUGA